AUCGAGCUCUAGAAAUAUCGACGUUUUGGGUGAAUCACUGGCACCUCUGGUUCCCGCUAGUCACUGUUGGCGCCGUGUGCGUGGGAACAAAAUGGGAUGCAAAUAAACACUGCCCGCCCGCUUCUAUCGUUACGUUGACCACACAACAGCGAAGCAUAAGCGGCGCCACCACCAGAGAAGAGAGGAAGCCGCCGCGAUUCCGAAGUCCGAAGCCAGUGUAAUUUUGUGUGAUUGUGUGUUUGGUUAAAAUUUUCUCUUGAAUCAUCGACAGAAAAAGAUUAUUCUGGUUCGUGUUUGGUGAAAGGAAUAACAACUGAAACGACCUCCGCGCCUCGGGAAGACGGCGUCCAUUCCGAAGAAGGAAGACCUUAAGGGCAAAGAUGAGCAGCCGGAUGGAUAAUCUGGAUCUGCUGUCGGACGACGAGCUGCGGCACCGUCUGAUUCAGUACGGCUUCCAGAAUUUGCCCAUCACCAGCAACACUCGAAAGCUGUUGAUCAAGAAGCUACGCAAUCACAUGGAGAAUGAGAAGGGCAAGCUGAGACGCGAGACGAGCUUCGCGACACGCUAUUCCUCCGGCGAGGAAUCCGACAGUGGAGAUAAGCGUUCCGCGAAAAGCGGCCGUAGGUCGACAACAGCGGCGGCAGGUGCUACGCGGUCAACGAUGCCACCUCCCGCGGCUAGGCCUGCUAGCAGAAGGACCACCGCCACCACCAGCAGCAUCAAUACGGGCAUAUCAACAACCAGCAGUCCAUUGAAGAAUAACAACAACAACAAUAGCAGUAAUGCCAGUCAUAACAAAUCGAUUUCUCCAGGAUCCAACAGGAGUUCGGUGUACAUUUCACCGGUGAUUAUCAACGACAGCGAAGAGGAGGACUAUUCCGGAGGGCUGAGGACAAGUCGCGUUUUUGGUAAUGCAUCCCCACCGGCAAGCGCACUAUUUCGACGCACCACAACGGCAAGCCCUUACCCGACACCAACGCGAUCCUCCGCGGCUGCACCAUCAGUGUCUCCUUUAUCGCCAUUAACGUAUCCCAGUGCCACCGGAUAUCGGGCUACCACCAUUGGUUCCCCUAGCCGGUCCGGCCUCGAUCUGAACAGUUCGACUAAUUCCAAUGGCAGCGCAUCGUCGGAAUCGCCCUUCGUCAGCGAAUAUACCAAACGGUUACUGCAACUCCGGGGGGAAACGGUGUCGCACGAGAACUACAACAAUGCCAUCGGAACGGCCUUGGGCGGUGGCAUUAGCGGAGCUGGUGCCCCCGGUGGUAGUGGAAGUAAUCUCAGCCUGAAUCACAGUGGGGCCCCAAUCAGUGGGAACCAUUUCCGCAGUCGGUACAGCACCUACGCCAGUCGGUAUGGGCUCGCUGGGAAUCACCAGAAUGCAGGCGAUGCGGGUGGAGGAAACGGCAGCAGCGGGACGUUUAACGAAAACGACAUUGUGACACAUGCUCAACCGGAUCCGGAACCGCCGCAGAUUCCACUGCGGGUCGCUAUGGGCAAUCUGAUUUCGAAACUGGACGAACACUACGGAUUCAAGCAGACAUUUAUUCCGUGUGCGCUACUGUGCCUGUUCAUUGCCUUCCUGGUGUUUGUGGCCUUCAUGUAUAUGACCAUCAGUACAGACAUUGCCAGCACGCUCAGUUCGAUCGAUACGAGGUAUGAUCUAUGCGACAUCACAUCCAAGGACACCACCAAGUGUAUUGCUCAGUCGGAACUGGAAUCAGCGCUGGAUCUCCUGAAGUUAGUUGGAAGUGAACUGAAAAACCGAGUCGAACACAGCAAAUGCGUCGAUUCCAGUGUGACGUACUGGAUAAGCGCCAACGAAGUUCUCAAACUGGCCAAGGAGCACAGUCCGAAUGUGCUGAUUCCACAGCUGACGAAACAUUUGCAUGCCAUGGAGUACCUGAUCGAUCGGAAUCCUCAGUGGAGGAUAAAUCACUGUGAUCAGGAUGGAAACGAGAUCGACUUCGUGGAAGUGCUCCGCAGAAGGCCGACCAAGAGUAACUACUUUGCCAUAUUGAAACCGAAGCUGCCGUUCACCUGCAUGCUGUACAACAAGUUCCACACGUUCUUCGUGAUCAUCGGUGUUUUGGGACUGGUUGGAAUAAUCACAUAUCUGGUUAACUAUUUCCUGAAGUUCGUGCUCUACGUCAAGCAGAAGCGUAAAAAUCAGGUGAACAUGCUGAUAAGUGAAAUCAUUCAAGCGGUAAGCCAAGCGGCGAAUGAACCUUCAGACGAAGGAGGCGUUGUAAUCGUAAAUCACUUACGCGAUCGAUUGAUCACACCCGACAAUCGAAGAAAGCUGGAAUGGGCGUGGCUGGAGGCUCUUCAAUUCCUGGAACAAAACGAAAGCCGAAUCCAGUUCGAGGUGGGAAACCGAGGAGGGGAAGAUUUCAAAAUGAUGCGAUGGAUUGACACGGCGCCACCGGCUUCAGCUAGCCGGACCGUUCCCGGUGGUGCCAAGAAGUGGCAAAGCCCGGCCUUUGACAACACCAAUAAAAUCCCGGAUCCACCGACCCCCUGCCUGAAGAUCCGUCAAAUGUUCGACAAGUACGAAGUGAACGAUCCCAACCUGAAAACCAUCGUCCAGGAUGCCAUCCUGGAGAAGGUCGGAGUCCGGUGCAAAAUCUACGACAUCCAGCUGGACCGAAGCACCUGCUGCGUGUACGUCCGCUGCGCCUCGGCCAAGGAUGCCGGAAUAGUACAUGACGAGAUCAACGGCUGGUGGUUCGACAAUCGGUUGGUGUCGAUCAAAUUCCUUCGGCUGGAACGCUACCUGGCACGGUUUCCACGGUCUUCGGCCGGUCCGGUUUGCCUGAAGCCCUCGAAUCGCAACAAUAGCUCAAUGUCACAGCAACAAUCGGUCGCAGAUCGGCCACCAACGACGAAUCCGCUGGAACGGGACGAUGAUGAAGAGGAAGAAGAGGAGGAAGAGGACGAUCUGGAGCUCGACCAGGAGCCCGAGUGCUAAGUUGUUUUAGAGUUUAUUUUAUUCUAGUUUUAACGGAAAUAGUUUUAGUUGUAAAUUAACCCCUGGCUGCUUUAAAUGAUAUAAGAUUGUUCGUGAUUUGAAUUUCGAGCGUAAACUUUUUUUUCGUUCUAUUGAUCGUUACAGCAGAAAAUAUUGAUUUUGGUAUAGCUGACUCCGUAGUUGGGUGUGGCCUAUUUUUUUUUAUUUCUUUACUAAACAUUUACAUAUUGGACCUCUGCCAACCGUUACAUAAUGCCCGACUCCAAUCCCUUCGAAGUACCACAAUCCUCCUUCUUUUCAUUGAUACACCGGAUAUUCCAUAUAUCGAUGGAAAUAUGAAUUCAUUACGGAAAGGAAGCUGCGAUACAACUGGAUCGAAAGCAGAAUAAGCUAAUUAAUUUGCCCUUCUACCCGAAUCUUUCACUUUUAAAACACCUGCACAUGGACUUCAGGCAGUCUACAAAACCGGACUAGCGUUGAAGGAGUUUCUAUGCUUCUUGAAAGACAAGAUUGCGCCGGAUAAAAUAUCCAAAAAUUACGAAAUUCCCUGAAAAAUGUCCAGCGAUAUAUGGUCACGGUGCCUUUAGUAAUCAUUUGCUGCCAAAUUCAUCCUAUUCGAAAAUGCGAUUAUGGCACCGGUCGCUUUCGUUCUUUAUGUUAUUUCGUUCGUGAUUGUUUCAACAAAAAAUAUAAAAAAUCAAGCCUAACUUAACCAAACAUCAUAUGUAACAAAAUCCAUGAAUGGAGAUAAUCGACAUUUAGCAUUUCAAAAAAGUAAAAAAUCAUGGAUGCUACAAGUAGUCUUCAACGAAAUGCAGUACGUCACGUGAAAAAAUUGAUUUUGUCUCCAUACGAUGUUUCGUAAUGUUAGGCUUGAAAUAAGAAACAAAACAAUCAAUUCUUCAAUCCUUCGCUUUCAGUAGGAUGAAAUUGCGAGCACCCGACUGAACAAAUAUAAUUUGUCCAGUAUAUUCAUCAAAAACUUAGAAUUUGCUUAAGAGACAAUAGAACUGCUGACGAACGAACGUGACAGCUAGGACAAAUAAAUUUUUAAAAUAGUUGUCCGCGACGAAAUGAUGACUUUAGCGCCAUAUAAAAAUAGGCCACUUCCAACUACGCAUCUAUAGAAUUUUAAUUCACAAACCGCCAGAAAAAAUAUCGUUAGGGAAUUUAAACCACAUAUAGAAAAAAUAAACUCUUUGUUGAUGUACUGUUGAGAUGUCGUUUAAGAAAACAUAAUGCUUAAUCGCGAAAACAGAUUUUUAUCAUUUGCCAUUCGACUGUUUACAAACGACUCAGGCGCAGAUAGUAGGUAGGUAGACAAACGAGACGACUGUUAUCACUGUUCUUAUAAUUUUACAAAACAAAAAAAAUCGUACCGAGUAACGAAACGAUACGGAGCGAGUGCAGCGGUUGACCACACCAGACUCACAAACACAUACACACACAAACCGCGGAUGCAAACUGACGAGAUGACGACGGUAAGCGCUAUCAUCAAUUUUAGUUGAUAAUUAAGUUAAACAAAGCGUAACAGAUAUCUGAUAAAAAACAAAAA